CACUUUUUGACGAUACUCAACACUGUGUCAUUGUUUUUAUACGAAAAAAACACAAUCAUCCGCCGUCCGAGCAAUUGUUUUCCUGCCUGCCCAGCAACUGUAUCGGAAAUCACUAGAGCCCGGGCUUCCAGCAUCCCCGGAGAGUGCAAUGAACCUCACAGAGCAAAACCCAUAUGGAAAUGGGCUGCUCUACGCAGCCUUUAAUCAAGACCAGGGAUGCUUUGCGUGCGCGACGGACACGGGAUUCCGGGUCUACAACUGUGAUCCGCUGAAGGAGAAGGAGCGCCAAUACUUUCCAGAGGGUGGUCUCAGCCAUGUGGAGAUGCUGUUUCGUUGCAAUUACUUAGCCCUGGUUGGAGGCGGCAUCCGGCCGCUGUACCCGCCCAAUAAGGUGAUCGUGUGGGAUGACCUGAAGAAGUCCCCGGCCAUAUCGCUGGACUUCAAUCAGCCCGUGCGGGCGGUACGACUGCGUCGGGAUCGCAUCGUGGUCGUGUUGGAGGGCGUGAUUAAGGUGUUCACCUUCACUCAGCAACCACAGCAGCUGCACGUGUUUGAGACCAGCUCAAAUCCCAACGGGCUGUGUGUGCUGUGCCCGCACAGCAAUAAGAGCCUCCUCGCAUUCCCCGGCCGUCGAACUGGGCACGUUCAAAUAGUUGAUCUGGCCAACACAGAGCGGGCGCCGCUUGAGGUGAUCGCUCACGAGGCUGGUAUCAGCUGCAUUGCCCUUAAUCUGCAAGGAACGCGACUGGCUACCGCCGGGGAAAAGGGCACCCUCAUCCGUAUCUUCGAUACGGAAAGUGGCAAGAAGGUAUCAGAGCUGAGGCGCGGUAGCAACCACGCCAACAUCUUCUGCAUCAACUUUAACCACCAGUCCACAAUGGUGGUCGUCGCCUCCGACCAUGGCACCAUACACGUCUUCAACCUGGAGGACAACAAGCCCCGUGAAUCCUCGCUGCCCAUAAUACCCAAGUAUUUCUCGAGCCAGUGGAGUUUUGUCAAGUUUUCGAUACCCCAGGGACCUCGAUGUGUAUGUGCCUUUGGCGCCGAUCCUAAUUCGGUUGUGGCCAUUUGUGCAGACGGCCACUAUUAUAAAUUCCUAUUUAACAACAAGGGUGAGUGCAGUCGAGACAUCUGCACACAAUUCCUUGAGCUGCAAGACGAUGAGACCUAGAAACAAGUCCGACUGUUGCGAACGCCUUUGAUGCAUCUAUACAAUUAUAUAUCUCCAUGGAAAUGUGUUAUACAAUAUUACUUAUAAGCAUGCUUUAAAAUACGUUAAAAGUCGAGUUCACAUAAAUGUAGUUAUACCUUGAGACAAGAUUGUGGAUAUUUUAUAUUUUAUUUGAAACAUAAACCGAUAAUCCAACAUGCUCAUUUAA